AUGGCCGAAAUACUUUGCAAGAAGAUUCCCUAUACGGAUCCGACGCUUCUGGACACGCGGUCCUUCAUUGGAGGCAAAUGGGUCGAUGCGGUCAAUGGAGAUAAAUUCGCUGUUCUUGACCCCACCGACAACGAAAAGAUCUGCGACGUGGCCGACGUGGGCCGCGAAGAGACGCGACAGGCGCUCGAGGCCGCGGCCGCGGCGUUCAAGACGUACAAGAAGACGACGGCCCGUGAACGACGCUGGCUGAUGCGCCGGUGGGCGGACCUGAUCAAGGACGCCAAGGACGACCUGGCGGCCAUCUGCACCUUGGAGCUGGGAAAACCCUACACCGAGUCUCUCGUGACGGUGAAAUACGGGACCGACUUUAUCGACUGGUUCGAGGGCGCCAUCGAGAGGCAGUACGGCGAGACCAUCCCCGCGGCGAGAGGCGAGAACCGGAUCUUCACGAUUCGCCAACCCCAGGGCGUCGUGGCGGCCAUCACGCCCUGGAACUCGCCCAUCGCCAUGGUCACGCGUAAGGUCGGGGCAGCCAUCGCCGCGGGCAAUACCGUGGUAUGCAAGCCCGCGCCCGAGACGCCCUUGUGUGCUAUCGCCGUGGCCAAAUUGUUUGAGCGCGCUGGCGGUCCCCCGGGGGUGUUUAACGUCGUCACGUCCAGCGCCAACAAGUCCGCCCAGGUCGGUGAGGAGUUUACGCAAAACCCCAUCGUGCGCCAUCUGAGCUUUACGGGCUCGACGGCCGUCGGGCGGUACCUGCACGCCGAAUGUGCAAAGACGUUCAAGAAGACCAGUCUCGAGCUUGGCGGGAAUGCGCCUUUUAUCAUCUUUGAGGAUGCGAAGCUGGAUAAGGCUGCCGAAGGUCUCAUCUCGUCCAAAUUCCGCUCCUCGGGCCAGACCUGCGUGUGCGCGAACCGGAUCUUCGUGCAGCGCUCCGUCAUCGACAAGUUCGCGACCGUCCUGGCGGAGAAGCUCGAAAAGACGUUCCGGUACGGGUCCGUGUGGGACAGGCAGGUCAAUUUCGGGCCCCUGUACUCGCCCAAGGCGUUUGAGAAGAUUGACGCGCAGAUCAAGGACGCGGUGACCAAGGGGGGCAAGAUCUUUGUGAAAGGACGAGCAGAAGAAGGGAAAGGAGAGUACGGACCCAACUUCUACCCACCCACGAUCAUCACCUCGGCCACCAAGGACAUGCUCUUCAUGUCCCAAGAGACAUUCGGCCCGCUGGCGUUCCUCGUCCCGUUUGACGACGAGGACGAGGCCGUGCAGCUGGCCAACGACACGAGCGCGGGGCUGGCGAGUUACUUCUACACCGAAGACAUUUCGCGGCUGUGGCGCGUCGGCGAGGCCUUGGAGAGCGGCAUGGUCGGUGUCCGCGUUGGGCUGAUCAGUGCCUGUGAGCAGCCGUUUGGUGGGGUCAAGGAGAGCGGUGUGGGCAGGGAAGGUGGCAGGGAUGCGUUGGAUGAGUAUACGGAGAUUAAGAGCAUUACGGUCGGUCUCUGA